AUGGUCCAGACCAGGUCAAGAAUUGCACAAAUUGCACAAUUUGAUCCAAAACCAGAGCGCACCCUGCACAGACAACAAAGAGAAGUUAAUUGGGCCUGGGACUAUUCACUGCAGGGCACUUUUCUGCAGAAUUUGUUUGCAGACGAGGGCAUCAUGGCAUUAGAAUUACCUGCAGCAGGCAGACCACUCAAGGAGUCAUUGGCAGCCCGUGCCACUGAUGUCCCCAAUUGCAUUGUGUAUCCUAAACAAGAAGAGGGUGAUUCGUUCGAAAUCAAGCACCAUAUGCUUGAAAUUCUACCCACUUUUCGAGGGCCGCCUAAUGAAGAUGCAAACAUACAUAUUGCAAAGUUUAUUGAGGAAACUUGGUUAUUCACUCUACCAACAAAUAGCAUUACUACUUGGCAACAGUUACACACAAAAUUCCUGAACAAAUAUUAUCCAGCAUCCAAGACAUUGAAUUACAAGAGGGAGAUUUUGACAUUCACACAGAAGCCUAAUGAAGAGUUUCAUGAAGCAUGGGAGAGAUAUACAGAGAUGUACAUAAAGUGUCCACAUGUUAAUAUUGAUUCAUAUACACAUAUGAACAUUUUCUUUGACGGGCUUAAUCCUACAUCUAAAAGCCAUGUGAAUGCAUCAGCUAGAGGAUCGUUGUCAAAUAAAUCUGCAAGAGAGGCAUUUCAACUAUUUGAUAUGAUGGCUACAGAAUCUCAGCAAUGGGCAGCAUAA